UAGAUGGGCUGUAGGAGGGCGGAGGUGUAUAGAGGAGCUGCGAGGGGUGGGUGGGGGAGUUGGCGUGUGGGGCCACAGCUGAUUUCACUGUGUUUGCUCGGUUACAGAGAGCUCGAGCUGGAGCAAGAUUGAGCCGAAGGGGAAGGGUCCAUGCCCGCGGCGGAGGCAGUGCUGCUGUAUGGUGGCUGACAAAAUCAUUCUGUUUGGAGGCACCAGCCCGUGCCCAGAACAAGGAAUGGGUGAUGAGUUUAACCUGAUGGAUCACUCCGACUUGUAUAUGCUGGACUUCAGUCCCAGUCUGAAGACACUAUGCAAGUUGGCAGUGAUCCAGUACAGCCUGGAUCAGUCCGUGCUGCCCCACGAUAUCCGGUGGGAGCUGACAGCAAUGACAACCAACAGCAAUAUUAGUCGCCCCAUCUUCUCUUCUCACGGCUGAGUGGACCUCUCGCCCGUGGCUCUGAACAGGAGGCUGGUUCACUCCUGUCUUGUAUCGGAGGAAGGGGGCUUCGUUCUCAUUGUAUUUCACACUCCCAACCGUUCUCUCUAUCCUCCACCCAAAAAAAUCAAACGUUCACCUCACCACGUCUUCAAGGACUGAAAAGCCUCUCGGGUUUCUACGCAGUGUGAAUACUGCAGUGACAUACGUGUGUGUGUGUGUGCGUGCGUGCGCAGAGCGCAAGCUCCAUUCACGGUGUGCGCGAAGGCGCUUUGAAGGCAAACGCAGCUGAGCGCAUCUCCUCUCGCAUAUACCUCACCCACCUUGCCAAAAAACAGGGUUGAAUGGAAGGAAACCCCCUCGCUCAUCCUCUCCAGAUGUGGAUAUAGCGCUGUGACGGAGUGUGAUUUUUAUAUAUAUAUAUCUAUAAAUAUAUGAAUAUAUAUAGACCUGUCUGCACAACAGAAAGGAACAAUAAAAUCAUAAGUUUGCUACCAUAA